UGCUGCGGAAUCGGCGGGAGAUGUAACUGCUGUCGCCGACGGUAACGACGCUAUUCGUCGCCGCGUUACGGAGGCGAAAAGUGCGAUACGAGUUCGCCAUUCUACGCGAUACCGCGUGCAGGACUCAUUCUGUCUCUCGUUGACGCUGAUCUAGGCAAAGUGUCUGACACCACUGAGUAGCUAUCAGCUCGGUAAAAGAAGCCACCACGCUCUUGUGCGAGCAUAGGAUUCCUGCCCGAAGACACGCCAUGCCGGAUCCUGGACAGGGACGAGUGUACCGUUUUCGCGACCACGUCGCCGCCGGCGUCAACUGGCGACCGACGCGGUUCGUCGACGAGGUUCCCAGUUCAGGUGUAUGCGGCCUCUGCCGCAUGAUCCCAAAACGGAUGGUGCUGUUGCCGUGCUGGCACGCUCUGUGCCAAUCUUGUCACGCAGCCAGUCUCGAAGGGGGCGUUGGCCAGUGUCCGUUGGAUCGAGAGCCAUUCGAAGAAGCGGAAUGCGUGGGUUGCGAAUUCCCUACCAGAACAGCGAACACCGUCAAGGUACACUGCUGGAACGAAGCGCACGGCUGCGAGUACACCGGCACCUUGGACCGCAUGCUGUCACACUACGAGAACGAGUGCACAUUUCACACCGUGGAAUGUGUGCGAUGCGGCGAGGGAGUCCAGCACAAAGACCUGCGGACGCACUACGUGGCCGAAUGCAGUGGCGGUGUUUCUUCAGCGAUCACAGAGUCCUCGGAGCAUACAGCACCGACCCUUGCAGACGUGAACGCUGCCCUUGAAGACAUGAAGGCCACGUUGGAAUGUCUCAACCACGACCAGCUGCUGCCAGUGAUUCAGAGUCAGCUGAAUGAGCUUACAGAACAAGCCAGAAACCAGGAAGCCAGGUUCGCCGAGAUUACUCGGGAGGUCAGAGCAUGCGAGCACAACUUAAAGGCCGAGAUGGAUCAAAUGACCGCCACGAUUUCAUCGACCGCGUCGCAACAGCGGACGUCUCAGCAAAAUCCAUCGGAAGAAGCCAGCACGUCGAGGUCGCUGUCGUUGCACUCGGGACAGGAUCUGAUACUUCGAAAGUUGGAAGGUUUAGCGCACCUGGAAAACUGGCGGAAAACUUCCCAGAAGCCCGAUUUCGGCCGUGUCAUUGCUCGUUGUGAGACCUUGUACGGGAGACAUUCGCAUUUGACCAGUGCGCUGUCGACGAACGCGCAAAUUAAACAAGCGCGGUUGGUCAGUUAUGUGCUGACACUGGAAAAUUGUGAGGAAAUCAUUCAGUGGCAGGGCUGUAAUAAAAAGUUUGCCGAGAUUACCAAGUGGCACACGAGGGACACGUACUUGACGAUUGCCGUCUGGAAGUACGGCACUUCUGCAUCUACCCUCUCUGUGGAGAUCGAGUUUAACGGGACGCUGGUGGACUCUGUGUGUUGGCCACCUUUCUGGAGCGUAAUACGCAAUCAACGCUCGUUGGCCCCCGGUGCCAAGCGUUGUGACUGCAAGCGCCAUGAUCCCUCACUGCUACACUUCCACCUCAGAUUUACUGCAGACAUUGCCUCGAUGGACAAUGACGGCUACCUCCGAGAUGGAAAGAUGGCGUUCCAUAUCUUGCUACGCAGUAAAGGUGCGGACGGUAGCAUCGGAGGAGCACCCUAACGUUCGUCAUCGCAGAAUGUGCAUUGCACGGGAGAAUCCUCCUUGCCACUUCCCAAAAUGUGUCACAUGAGCUUAGCGAAUUUUCGAUCUCCUUUGUCCUAAAUAAAGCGAGCUCUGCGACAUUUCUUUUUUUAAAAUUUGCUAUCCUUUGUAACUGGCAACCUAUUGUUUUCUUACUCUACUGGCCGUUCAUUUUGUUUAUUUGUUGUGCUAAUACAAUCGUUGUUCCGAAA